GAAGGUAAUCUCGGCCAUGCUGUAGAUGUAAGUAUAGCAAUAUGUCAUUCGUGCAAUGAACUAGUUUACUCUAAAAUAGGACAUGGGUAUGAGUAUGGAUUUCGUCAUUUUAUAGAUAAGCAUUGGGGCACAAAUUGCACAGAAAAUGCUUAUUGUGAUAUUAGUUAUAAAGACUAUAUAGAACUUAAAAGCAGAUCCAAAGUUAGCAACUCCUACUUCAAAAAAGAAGCAAUUCGUUGUUAUGAAUUGUGGAUGCAGAAUGCUGUUAGAAAAGUUAAAUGUGCUAGAGAAAUUG